CCCAGUGCUGCCGACCUUGCGCUCCAUAGCUCAUCUCAACGAAACCUGCGAUCUCCAAUUCGAGCCAAUUGAUAUCGCAACCAUGCGGAGAACAUUUCGCCUGCUCGCGGGCGUCAAGCCUGCUCGCUAUCUCGAAGCCGGCACCCCGACAGGUCUCACCGGCCUCUGGACGCACAACAGCCCGCGGUCGACGCUGCUCUACCUGUACGGUACCACCCUCGAGAAGCUCCAGACGGUCCCCGAGUCCUCCCUCUACCGCCAAUCGGUCGAAGCCAUCACGAAGCACCGCCUCAGCCUCGUCGAAGCGACGGUACCGCCUGGAUACCCCGAGUGGGAGAAGAGAGCCGAGCAGAUCGUCAAGGAGAAGCCCGAACAGUUCCGCCUCGUCAGCGGCCGCGUCGACGGCAGCGGCGCGCGGACGGUGAAGCUCGGCGGCAGGACGUUUGUCGUCGCGACCCAGCACGAGGAACAGGACGUCCGCUACGAGGAGUGGGACGGCGAGAAGGACGAGGGCGGUACCCUGGAGGGCCCCCGUAGCGAGGCCGAGCGAAAGGACCACCAGCUUCUCGCCGACCGCAAGGACCUGAACGAUGUUGCCAAGGUGCAGUGGGAGGCGGAGCCGCAAUUGACGGCCGACCAGAUUUCCGAGUUGGAGACCAAGAUCGGAGCUGGCCUCAUUGAGGAGGUCAUCCAGGUUGCCGAGGGCGAGCUGAAGCUCGUGGAUGUGAUGACUCAGGCCAAGGUAUGGGAGGACCUUGAGGAGAAGCCUGUUGAGGGCCAGUGGACUUACUUUGAGCGCAAGUCUGCGUAAGCGAUGCUUACUACUGCUGAAGACACUUGCCAAUUCUAGAUAAUGUACAUUAGGCGACUGUGAUGACCAAAGAUACAUCGAGACGUUGCUCUUUUCCCUUCCCAUGGCUUGUUGCAUACGCAUACAAAGGCAGCUAUCGUGAAAGUGCUUCUUUCCCUACGAUUCAUGCUGGACUAUGGGUUGCAAUUCCAGGAACUUACAACAACCGACAACGUGACCUAUGUCGGUUAUUGAGUCUCGAGAUGGGAAAAUUGGGUUGGUUGAGGCUUUGCUUGCCUUGCCCCAAAAUCAAAUAGAGCUUGAAGUGCGCAGUGCCUCGAGGCAGGUUAAAUUUCAAUCAAUUGGAGCUAGCAGCUGUAUGGGACUAUCGUGAUGACAAGUCUACAAAGAAAUCCAAGAGUUGGGGGAAAUGGAUUAAGGGAC